AAUAAAUUACCGGUUUAAUCGCAGUGAACGAACACUCUUCUCCCUCCGUGUGAUCUCUCGAUGGAGUUGGGAUCCAGACGAACCCACACGACGAUGCCGUCGAAGCUCCGAUCUUCACGUCUCCUACUCAUCUCCCUCCUCUUACUCUUCGUCUACUCCACCAUCCUUCUCCUCCGCCGUCCGACCCCUCCAAACCCCGUCUCUCCUCCGCCGUGCGAUCUCUUCUCCGGCCGAUGGGUCCUCCAUCCCGAAACUCCGAAGCCCCUCUACGACGAGACUUGCCCCUUCCACAGAAACGCCUGGAACUGCUUGCGGAACAAACGAGAAAACAUGGAUACCAUCAAUUCGUGGAGAUGGGCGCCCGAUUCAUGCGGGUUGAGCCGGAUCGACCCGACCCGGUUUCUAGAGACGAUGAGGGACAGGAACGUCGGAUUCGUCGGGGACUCUCUGAACGAGAAUUUCGUGGUUUCGCUGCUGUGUGUGCUUAGAGCGGCUGAUCCGAGUGCUGUCAAGUGGAAAAAGAAGAAAGCUUGGCGUGGGGGUUACUUCCCUAAGUUCAAUGUCACUGUCGCUUAUCACAGAUCCGUUCUUCUCGCUAAAUACAAGUCGCAGCCGAGACCUUCUGGAGAAGAAGCUGAUGGAGACGGAGGAGUUAAAGGGACUUAUUAUCGAGUGGAUGUUGAUGUUCCUGCUGAUGAGUGGAUCAAUGUCACUAGCUUUUAUGACGUGCUCGUAUUUAACUCUGGCCAUUGGUGGGGUUACGAUAAGUUUCCUAAAGAGACACCUCUUGUCUUCUACCGAAAGGGAAAGCCGAUACAUCCUCCUCUUGAUAUAAUGCAAGGAUUUGAAGUAGUUCUUCAGCAUAUGGUUUCUUAUAUCCAACGGCAAGUCCCGGCAAAGACUCUUAAGUUCUGGCGCUUGCAAUCACCAAGGCAUUUCUAUGGCGGUGAUUGGAACCAGAAUGGUAGUUGUCUGCUAGAUAAACCACUCGCCCAAGAUCAGCUUGAUUUGUGGUUUGAUCCCAGGAACAAUGGAGUUAACAAAGAAGCGAGAAGGAUUAAUCAAAUUAUCAAAAACGAGUUGCAAACCACAGAGAUCAAGCUACUUGAUCUGACCCAUCUAAGCGAAUACAGAGCAGAUGCUCAUCCUGCUAUCUGGUUAGGGAAACAGGACGCGGUGGCCAUAUGGGGACAAGACUGUAUGCACUGGUGCUUACCUGGUGUUCCAGACACAUGGGUUGAUAUCUUAGCUGAACUCAUUCUUAGUAACUCAAAAACAGAGUGAAUUCACUGAGAGACUUGCCUCGGGCAUGGAAAGUCAAAAUAUAUAUCUGAAAGGAUUCACCUUUUUCUUACUGUAAAAAUUAUUCAUUUUUUGUAGGGUUUCUUUGUUCCUUUUCCACCCACGUUACCAAACAUUUGACUUGUGUUGUGAACCUGUGAUGUUUCUUAAUUGAUUUCAUGUGUAAAUUA